AUGAUGCGGCGUAAAUCAAAGGGAAACGCACUUUCUCCUAGUGGAAGCCUUGGCAGCAACGAUGGUAUCAAUGGUCACUGCCUGCCGACGCUUUGCGCCGACUCGCCGUCAUUGUCAAUGUCGUCAUCCUCAUCUCCCAAACAACAGUCGCGAAGUAGAAUACGGAUGCCCAAAACGCGGCGACCAUUCCAAAAGAUUCUAUUGGAUAGAAAAGUUUGGAUACGAAUACUCCUGGUCAGUCUCUUGUUUUGGAAACGCUAUGCUAUACGUCGACAGUGUCAUCGAUAUUUGGCUUUUUACCUUGCUUGGAGAGCUGAUACAGUAGAUGGGAGUCUUUGGAGGGGCACACUGCCGAGUUACCAAUGGAAAGCUGCUACUUUAAAAAAUGUCCAAGCUGAUCUCGUUGUUUCUCAUUGCGACUUGCCCUUGGAUUGGAUCUUUAAGUGGACCAAAGCAAUCACUUUUGACAAAAUUACGGUGAUUUCCAAAUGCGGAAAACCAGUAGAGGGAGCACCACCGAAUGCAAACAUUGUCACACUACCAAAUCUAGGACGCUGUGAUCAAUCCUAUGCUCAUUAUCUGUUGAAUCACUAUGAUGAUUAUGGGGAAUAUGAUGCUCCUGCUGCUGAUAAGGAGGGUCAAGAUCAUCGAAAAGACAAACUCAUUGUCUUUACCAAAGACAAUGACAAUAUGAAUCGAGACAUUGUCAGUCGACAUCGAAGUUUUGAAGAAAUGGUCACAAUUGCCCAAUCUACUGGGUUUGCAUGUCAAGAAGAACAACUCUGGGGAUAUUCCCCGGACCACUAUUUCAAGAUUUGUCAACCAUCAGCCUACAUGAACUGGACGGCGAUGGCACCCUACUCGAGAGACACGUAUGUCCGUCUGCCUCGAGACGACGCUUCUGAAUUCCCCAGUCGCAAUGGCAAAACGCUAAAAGACUACAUUCUAAAACUCAACAUUCCAGCACCCGAAUCGGACAUCGCACCCAUGUGCUUUGGUGGUAACUUUUUGUUCAACGCCAAGUACCUACGGCAGCAUCCAAAGGAACUAUGGGAACGCCUAGAAAAGUCGCUAAGUCGAGGGAACAAUAUUGCGGAAGGGCAUUAUGCCGAACGACUGUGGGCUCACUUGUUGUCACCACCAUUAUCACACGCAAAGGUCCAGGAAAUUUUAAAGCAGCACGAUUCUGCGGCUUGUCCAAUAGAAGUAAAUCGGGCUGGAGUCCUUACCAAAUAG